UUGAGGACCUCCAUCAGCAGCCGCCUUUGUUGUCUCAGUUUGCGGUAUGGCUCGACAUGAAACUUUCCGAGUAUAAGCUGCAAGGAGGCAUGCGACUAGAUUCCCACGAGGUAGUAUCUCAUCCGGACUGGAUGCAGGGAAUAAAAUGUCGCUGUUUGCUGAAUGUGUCGUCGAAGAUACAGCACUUGGUUCAGGAGUCUGAUUUUGGAAACACAGCCUGGAUGUUUCCCUUACUAAGUCAGGAGGGAGAGGAUGGGAAGCACAGAUUCCAGGACCUGUUUGUUGAUGACCAAAGGAUAAAGAGAAACCGCAGCGGAAGUUACGAGGGAAACACAAGAAAACGACCACAAUGCAGCUCGGAUUUAAGUGAGAAAGAUUCUGGUACCUUUGAUGAUCUGGACGGUGGUUCGCUUAUUGCCGAACCGAACAGAAGCUCUUCGGGCGACCGAAACAUCUUCAGCUCCGCAUCUUCUGGGUUUUACCCAACUCCCUUGUCUAAACGAAUCAAGACCUCUCAAUCGAGCUUCCAGGAGUCUUCACCGUCCCAUGCAGCCUCAACAUUCCUCUCAAACUUGGUGAAGGCAUCCUCCACGGAAGUAGAACCCAGCCCCGAAAUUUUCAUGACUUUGCCCGUUCAACCAGUGAACUCUCCCCUCUCUCAGAAAGACGAUAUGAACUGUCCGAAUUCACCAGAAAACGAAGAGGUUGUUAGUGACUGUGCCUCUGAUGUAGGAUCGGACUCCAACGAUGAAGUUGAUGAGGAAGAUGAAGUUGCGGACAUGACAGAGGUAGAUGGAGACCAGAUGCCAAAGAUUGUGUCUGUUACAUCUGUGAGGCCAGGAUCAUCGUUUUCUGUAUCACCCCUCAAAAGUUCCAAGGCCAAGGCCAAGUGGAAAGUCCAUCGUAAAAUGCACUGCCCACAAAAGAAGACCAGAGUGGUGAGAAACUACUCCCGGGAAUUCAAAUUAGCCGUUGUCGGCCAUUCUCUGAAGAUGGGACCGAAAUCCGCCAUGAUUGAAUUCGAUAUAGCCAAAUCCAAUGUGCAACGCUGGACAACGCGAGUUGUGAAGUCUUGUCCGUACACUGGUCUGGUCAACAGGCCGGAGUUGCUUGAGAAUGUGAUCAAAGCUGAGCGAGAUGUGGCCACCUGGCUGAGAGACGCAUAUACACAUUCUGGUAUGGUCAGUGUUCAUCAGCUACGGGAGAAUGCUGUGCCAAUAUUCAGAUCUGUGUAUCCCGAGUUUAAGCUGGAACACAUCUGGCUUCUUCACUUCCUGGCCAAGUAUAAGCUAAUCAAUUGUGUGGAUAUCCCUUUAGACCCAGAGGACUCCAGCCAGCUGAUUUCGUCUGAGGACGGAAUUGAGCUGUAUUAAAUUAUGAGUAGAUACUUAAGUGGAUUACCACACUUACACUGAUUUGGUGCCAGACGGUAACUCUGCUUUUGAAUCAUGCGCAUGUGCUAAGUAUUGUUUUACCAGUCAUAUCGGUGUUUGCAUUCCAUUAACAAAGAUGGGUUAAUAUUUCCACGCGCAUGUGCUUAGUAAUGUGCUUUACAGGUCAUAUCAAUGUUUGUAUUCCAUUAGCAAAGAUGGGUAAAAUUGUCCUCUCUUCCUUUUAAACGUUUCAAAGCAUUUGUAAUGAAGUGGAACCAUGUAAUCAAUAAUAUGCAUAUUAACAUGGGUAAUACAUAAUUUAAACCGGCAUGCUGACGUGUUCAGAACUCAUUGCCUAUAAUACAGGGUAUGACCACUGACCUCAACAUGAUAUGGUGUGUAUUGUAUUGAGUUUUACACUGUCUAUAAGAACCCCCUUCACUGUUAUUGUUCUUAAAUGCCAUUAAUAAA